CAUGACCAUAUAUCAGCUCCCAAGUUGUCUAGGCGGAUUCUCGUGUGCUUUUGACUGUCGCUUCUCCCACCUGCCCAAGAUGCUCUCCGGUAUACUCAUCUUCAAUCAAAAGGGCGAAAACCUCAUUUUCAGAGCGUUCCGCAACGACUGCCGUCCCCGCCUUGCCGACGUCUUCCGCAUACAGGUGAUAUCGAAUGCGCAGGUGCGGUCGCCAAUCCUGACACUGGGCUCGACGACUUUCAGCCAUGUCAAACACGAAAACAUCUAUCUGGUUGCGGUCACAAAGAGCAAUGCGAAUGCGGCGUUGGUGUUUGAGUUCCUAUACCGCCUCAUAGCACUGGGCAAAGCAUACUUUAACAAGUUUGACGAGGAGGCCGUGAAGAACAACUUUGUCCUGGUUUAUGAGUUGCUAGACGAGAUCUUGGACUUUGGAUACCCUCAAAACACGGAGACAGACACGUUGAAGAUGUACAUCACGACGGAAGGGGUCAAGUCUGAUAGGGUCAUGGAGGACUCGUCGAAGAUAACGAUGCAGGCCACCGGGGCGCUCUCAUGGCGGAGGGCUGACAUCAAAUACCGCAAAAACGAAGCGUUUGUCGAUGUCAUCGAGGACGUCAAUCUGCUCAUGUCGGCGACAGGCACGGUUCUGCGCGCCGACGUGAACGGACAAAUCGUGAUGCGCGCAUAUCUUUCCGGCACCCCCGAGUGCAAGUUCGGCCUCAACGAUCGGCUCACGCUCGGUGACGAGAAUGUACAGCCGCCGUCCGGGAACCGCGCGGGAACAAAGGCUACCCGGGCAGCGGCAGGGAGCGUUACCUUGGAAGACUGCCAGUUCCACCAGUGUGUGAAGCUCGGCAAAUUCGACUCGGACAGGAUCAUAAGCUUUGUCCCGCCCGACGGUGAAUUCGACCUGAUGAGAUAUCGCGCGACGGAGAAUGUGAACUUGCCCUUCAAGGUACAGGCAAUCGUGAACGAAGUCGGGAAGACGAAGGUGGAGUACAGCAUCGCGAUCCGCGCCAAUUACAGCUCCAAGCUUUUUGCAACAAACGUCGUAGUCCGCAUACCGACGCCGCUGAACACGGCCAAGGUCACGGAGAGAUCGAGCACAGGCAAGGCCAAAUACGAGCCCGAGUCCAACAACGUCGUGUGGAAGAUUCCGCGGUUCACCGGCCAGAGCGAGUUUGUGCUCAGCGCAGAGGCCCAGCUGACAAGCAUGACGAACCAAAAGGCAUGGAGCCGGCCGCCGCUGGGCCUGAGUUUCUCCCUGCUCAUGUUUACGAGUUCCGGGCUGCUGGUGCGGUACUUGAAGGUGUUUGAGAAGAGCAACUACAGCAGCGUCAAGUGGGUGCGGUACAUGACGAGGGCGGGAAACUAUGAGAUACGGUAAGCACGUUUUGAGCAUUAAUUACAGCGUCAGAGCAAGUCGAUUCAUCGCGGUCCCGUCCCGGACUGGACUGGACUGGACUGGACCCGGACCGGAACCUAUAUCUUUGAAUCCCGUCGACCUGGCUUCCUGACAAUCGGGAGGGUCGCUUCAA